UCUUCCUCCCUCCCUCCCUCCCUUCCUCUCCCAUCCAUUGUUGGAUAGGAAACAAAUGUGCCCCUGGACAUUCCAGGGCUUAAAAUAGAUGUGAAGACUGCAGCCUUUUUUCCUCCUUGCAGCCAUAACACUGGGAGCGGCAGCAACAGCAGCAACAGCCGUACGGAGAAGGGGAGAAAUGGCUGGCUAGAUUUGCCAGCCGCCUGAGAAAAAAAACAACAUCACAGCUUUGACAAAGACCAGAAACCGAUCGUGGGUGGUGGUCAUAGCAGAAAUCCUGUCUGGGCCCCAGCCCAACCCCCUGUAGCAGCCCAGGAUGCAACAGGGGCCACAGUGGCACCCAUGUCUCAGUUCUCCAGGAAUACCUCCAGACCUCCUGUCUGGAGGACGCAUGAUGACACGGUCAGCCACCCCAUCCUUAGUGUUUUUGAGCUUGAGAGGCUCCUGUACACGGGGAAGACAGCCUGUAACCAUGCGGAUGAGGUCUGGCCAGGACUGUACCUGGGAGAUCAAGAUAUAGCAGCCAACCGACCUCAGCUGGCCCGACUGAACAUCACUCACAUCCUCAAUGCUUCUCACAGCAAGUGGCGGGGAGGCCCAGAUUAUUAUGCAGGCACUGGCAUCUGCUACCUGGGCAUUGAGGCACACGACUCGCCCACCUUUGAUAUGAGCCCCUACUUUCAGCCUGCUGCAGAUUUCAUCCACAAAGCCCUCAGCAAGAGUGAAGGGAGAAUCCUUGUUCACUGUGCCGUGGGGGUAAGCAGAUCAGCUACCCUGGUCCUUGCCUACCUCAUGAUUUAUCACCGCUUGACUUUGGUGGAGGCCAUAAAGAGCGUCAAGGACCAUCGAGGCAUUAUUCCCAAUCGGGGUUUUCUACGCCAGUUGAUCAUCUUGGACAACUCCCUCAGGCUGAAGAGAAGACUGUAAGCAGAGGAGUCAUUGGGAAACCACGAUAGCAUAGUUUGUGUUGGUAAACAUGAGGCGUUACUAGCCUAGUUUGGGCUCGGUUAACCCCAACCUUCCACAAAUUGUGUCUCACAGUAGUUCAGCUCUAACAUUUCAAGAUGUACUUUCAAUGUUCCCAGUGGUUAGGUUCAGGAGUCAACUAGAGCGGAGCAAGUUCAGGUUUCUGAGAGGAAGAUGUUUUCUUUCCGCCUUUCCCCCUUUGGCUUUCCAAAGCCAUUUUCCAAGACAAUGUCCCAACCUCAUACUGAGGAAGUUUUUAACGCUGAAAUUCCCAUGGAGUGAUGUGUCUUGUAAUUUGUUUCCUCCUAUUUGCUUCUAGCUUUUGUUUUAAAAAGUGGCAAGCCCCAGUAUAUUUUAACAAUCAAAAUAAAGUUCUAUAGAUCACAAGGAUGCUAAAUGGAUUUUAUUUUUCACUUCCAAGUUGAAAGAACCAUUCAGAAAUUUCUGCCACAUUUAUGAAUGGAAAAACAUGCUAGAAGAUUAAACUUGGUUUAUGAUAUCUUCCCCUGGUAUUUAAUAGAAAUAGAAAGGCUACAGACCAGUGAAGAGAAUGCUAUAAAAUACUCAAUUUAUGACCAUAAUAGAACCAAAAUUCCCAUUGCUAAGCAAGUCAAUUAUUAAUUCU